CCCCCAACAUCCUCCCACCCCACCAUGGCCGCCCUGCCCGCCUCCCCCUUCCCGUGGGACCACACCUGGAACUACACCUGGAACGACACCUGGAGCAGCUACAACUUCACCUACGACGACUUUCUGGACCUGGGCCCCGCCGAAAUCCCGCCGGGCCACCGGCUGGCGCUGGCCCUCUACGCCGCCAUCUUCCUGCUGGGCGUGCCGGGCAACGGCGCCGUGCUCUGGGUGACGGCGGCCGAGCUGCGCCGGACGGUCAACGGCGUCUGGUUCUCCCACCUGGCCUUGGCCGACCUCCUCAGCUGCCUGGCCCUGCCCUUCCUGGCCUUGCCCUUGACCGCCGACCACCACUGGCCGCUGGGCGGCGUGGCCUGCAAGGUGCUGCCGUCCCUGACGGUGCUGGCCAUGUUCGCCAGCGUCCUGCUGCUGACGGCCAUCAGCGCCGACCGCUACGCGCUGGUGGCUCGCCCGGUGUGGUGCCACAACCGCCGCACGCCCGCCUUGGCCAACGCGGCGUGCGCCGGCGCUUGGGCCUUGGCCGCCGCCUUGACCGCGCCGUCCUUCGCCUUCCGCGCCGUCCGGCUGGACCAUUUCUCGGCCAAAGCCACCUGCGUGCUGUCCUACGCCGCCGUCCGGCAGCACCAGCGCGCCGCCGAGCUGGCCACCGCCCUGGCCCGCUUCCUCUGCGGCUUCCUGGCGCCGUUCGCCGUCAUCUCGGCGUGUUACGGGCUCCUCCUGCGCCGGGUGCGGCAGAGGGGGUUGGGGAGGUCGCCGCGGGCCACCAGGACGGUGCUGGUGGUGGUGGUCAGUUUUUUCGUCUGUUGGUUGCCGUACCACGUGGUGGGGUUGGUGCUGGCGGCCGGCGCGCCGGGCACGGCGGCGUUCCGCGGCGCUCAGGCCGCGGACCCGGCGGUGGCGGGGUUGGCGUACGUCAACGGGUGCGUGAAUCCCGUCAUCUACCUGGCCAUGGGGCGGGGCCUGGGGAGGGUGAGGCGCUCGUGGAGGGCGUUGCUGAGGGGGGUGCUGAGCGACGACCCCACGAGCGCGGCCGGGGACGGCAGGGGACGGAGCGUGGCCACGGCGGAGGAGCAGAGCGAGGGCACGGCGGUGUGA